UAUUAUUUUCUACUCUCUUCUCAACUGUCUCGCCGUGUUCAUCUCGCGUGCAUAGCAGUCAGAAAAACACUGCGAGAAAGAAAAGAAGAAUCACAGAGGAAAGGAAAAACCCCUUUUGACCAUUGCGCUUCCGUUUCUAUUUUCCCUAUUGAUUCUACCGACAAAGCCUUUUUUGGGUUUUUGUCUUCGUCUUGUGAUCAUUCCUCCUCUCUGGGGUUACGGUUCUGUUUGUGAUCAAACCCGAUCUUUUUUCCCUUCGCGAUUUGGAUUCGGAUACCCAGUUGCGCUUCUUUUUCUGGGUGUCUUCUCUUUUGGCCAAUGUUUCGGUUUUACAUGUGUGGUUAUGAAGUAAUAUGGAAGUGCUCUUUGCGCGGAUAACCCAUCAACGACAACAUCAAAGACAAUAACAUGUCGUUUUACAUUGGUCGCGAGGCUUCUAAGCUAUGGAAGAGAAUUUGUGCGGAGACAACUACGGAGAUCAACCUCCUCGCUGAGAAUUGGAAGUACCUUCUCGCUGGUCUUGUUUUUCAGUAUAUACAUGGUUUGGCUGCCCGAGGAGUUCAUUAUUUACACAAGCCUGCCCCUACUCUACAAGAUGUUGGAUUCUUCCUUCUUCGGGAGCUUGGGCAAGACAAAGCUUACAUAAGUGAAACGUUGUUUUCCCUUAUCUUUUUAUCCUUUGUAUUGUGGACAUUUCAUCCUUUCAUAUUCAAGAGCAGAAAGAUCUACACAGUUGUCAUAUGGUGCAGGGUUUUUGCAUUUUUAGUUGCUUCUCAAGUUCUUCGUAUAAUAACUUUUUAUUCUACACAACUUCCUGGUCCAAACUACCACUGCCGUGAGGGGUCUAAUCUUGCCACAUUACCUCAUCCAGAUAGUGUCUUUGAAGUGCUCUUUCUCAAUUUUCCACGUGGUGUGGUCUAUGGAUGUGGUGAUUUGAUAUUCUCAUCGCACAUGAUCUUUACUCUUGUUUUUGUGCUCACGUAUCAGAAAUAUGGCACUCGAAGGUCAAUAAAGCAGCUUGGGUGGCUGCUUGCUGUGGUUCAGAGUCUUUUGAUAGUAGCAUCACGCAAACAUUACACUGUCGAUGUAGUUGUUGCCUGGUAUACUGUUAAUUUGGUGGUAUUUUUUAUUGACAAGAAAUUGCCAGAAUUACCAGACAGGUCAAUUGCAGCUGCAACGUUGCUACCGUUGAGCAUCAAAGACAAAGAUGGAAGGACCAAAGAAGAGAAUCACAAGCUAUUAAAUGGGAAUUCUGGAGACCCCCUAGAUUGGAGGCAGAGAACUCAAGUGAAUGGCAAGAUCAUGGAAGAUGGCAAUACACUCCAUGUAGACUCUGCCAUGAAUGGUGCAUAGAUAUAGGACCCUCUUCUGUACAAAUUGGAUCCACUUCAAGAUUGCUGAUGGAAAGCUGCAACAUUCAAUUUGAAGAAUUUGUUGUCUGAACAUUCAGUUGUUUAUUCAAAUUAAUAGCAUGAUUUGCAUUUGUGAAAUUGAAACUGGGUUGUGCAUUUCAACGUUUUGCAGCUCAGAUCCCAUGUCAUAGUUAAAUUAUCUAUUCACAACACCAUCAGCAUGUGCCAUAGAAAA